AUGUCUCGAAAAGUUUUAGUAGCUAUUCCUGAUGUGAAGGUAAUCAGUUGCACAAGUGUAGUUAAGAAUUGCCUGUUGGAAAUCGCAAACUUGGUCUUGACCGUGGAUUUGAUUGUCUUUCACAUGAUGGAAUUCGAUCUAAUCUUAAGAAUGGAUUGGUUGUCUAGGCAUUACGCCCAAAUAGACUGUCGAAGGGGGGAGGUAGUGUUCAAUUUAGCUACACGCGAAAGGAUUUGUUAUAUGUGUGAGACUGUUUGGCUUGGUCUGUCUACGGUAACGGUCGAACAAGUCAAGAACAAUUUUGUGAAUGGGGCCAAUGUUUAUCUAGUAAUGAUGAGAGACGUAACAGUAGGACCUAAAGAAAUCCCAGGAAUCCUUGUGAUUGAGGAUUUUCCUAAGGUCUUCGCCGAUGAACUACCCUGA